AUGGCUCUCGAACAAUCUUUGGCUGCGCUCUCCAUUGCCGCUGUGGCGGCUGAGCUGGCCAUCCCAACGAAAACCUUGGUUCUCAAGCCCAAGACUGCUAAACUGGCUACCCCAGUUCCUGUGGUUGUCUUUGCUUUGCAAGCCACUCCUACUCCCAACGCCACUAUUGCCAAGGCUGCUGGUGUGAAGGAGCCUCGUAUGGCCAACAACGAAUUGAUUGCCGAGUUUUUCAACUCCACCGCAAAGGAAGUGUCAAUUGCUAACUUGCACAAGGACUUGGCUGGUAAGGUCAAAUUGGUUUUGGAUGCUGGCAUUGCCCAUGCCUCGGACUCUGUCAAGCUUGAAUUGGCCACCGAGUCCGCUAGAGUCAGUGUGGCUGCCAAGGACAUCAACGCUUACCUCGACUCCACUGGAAUUGAGAUUAUCAAGGUGGAUUUCCUUUCCGAGGCCACCGCCUCUCCUGCUGCUGCUCCUGUGGCUACUGCCACCUCUAGAAAGGAGGUUUUGAAGAGAGAGAAGGAGGCUGCUAAGUUGGAGGAUGCCAAGUUGAUCGGUAUCACCGUCGACAAGGCCAAGGACUUUUCCUCUUGGUACUCCCAGAUUGUCACCAAGGGUGAGAUGUUGGACUACUACGAUGUUUCUGGCUGUUACAUCUUGAGACCCAACUCUUUCUUUGUUUGGGAGGAGAUCCAGAACUGGUUCAACGCCCACAUCAAGAAACUCGGUGUCAAGAACGCCUAUUUCCCAAUGUUCGUUUCCUCCAAGGUUCUCGAAAGAGAGAAGGACCACAUUGAGGGCUUUGCUCCUGAGGUUGCCUGGGUCACCAGAGCCGGUCUGUCCGAAUUGGACGAGCACAUCGCCAUUAGACCCACCUCCGAAACCGUCAUGUACCCUUACUACGCUAAGUGGAUCCGUUCCCACCGUGACUUGCCAUUGAGAUUGAACCAGUGGAACUCCGUGGUCAGAUGGGAGUUCAAGCACCCACAGCCUUUCUUGAGAACCAGAGAGUUCUUGUGGCAGGAGGGUCACACCGCCCACUUGACCAAGGAAGGCGCUACCGAGGAAGUUGACCAGAUUUUGGAGCUUUACAAGCGUAUCUACGAGGAGUUGUUGGCUGUUCCUGUCGUCAAGGGUAAGAAGACGGAGAACGAGAAGUUCGCCGGCGCCAACUACACCACCACCGUGGAGGGCUUCAUUGCUGCUACCGGUAGAGGUAUCCAGGGUGCCACCUCUCACCACUUGGGAACCAACUUUUCCAAGAUGUUCAACAUCUCCGUAGAGAACCCCGAGGGUCCCGACAAGCCCCGUGUCAAUGCAUUCCAGAACUCCUGGGGCUUGUCCACUAGAGUCAUUGGUGUCAUGAUCAUGACCCAUUCUGACAAUAGAGGUUUGGUGUUGCCUCCUAGAGUCGCCCAGACUCAGGUUGUCGUUGUUCCUGUUGGCUUGACCACCAAGUCCACCAAGGAGCAGCGUGAGACCAUCAACAAGGGCGCCAAGGACAUUGAGCAGAAAUUGUUUGAUGCCGACGUUCGUGUUACUGGUGACUACAGAGACAAUUACUCCCCAGGUUGGAAGUUCGCCGACUGGGAGUUGAAGGGUGUCCCAUUGCGUGUCGAGUUCGGUCCUAAGGACCAGGCUGCUGGCCAGGUUCUUGCCGUGAGACGUGAUACGGGUGCCAAGUUCAACGUGAAGUUGGACGAGUUGCAAACCAGAAUUCCUGAAAUCUUGGAGAUCAUCCAAAAGGAAUUGUUGGAGAAGGCUCGUAAGGACUUUGACGACCACCGUGUGAUUGUCGAGGAAUGGAAGGACUUUGUCCCAACUUUGAACAACAAGAACGUCAUUUUGUCUCCUUGGUGUGGUGUCCCUGAGUGUGAGGACGAUAUCAAGGAUUCUUCUGCAUCAACUGGUGAGGAGGGAGAAGAAGUGGACGACAGAGCACCAUCCAUGGGUGCCAAGUCGUUGUGCAUCCCCGGUCACCAGCCUCCUUUGAAGCCAGGACAAUUGUGUGUUAGAUGCACACGUAAGGCUGUCACUUAUUGCAUGUUUGGCAGAUCUUACUAA